CGAUAAUUCUCCGAGGGUGAUUUAAAAUGAAGGUCGUUGUGUUCCUCCUAGUUUUCGUGUGUUGUUUCCAUCAAAUACGCAGUCUCCAGCGCUCGAUCGUUGUCUUGAAAGCAUACAAGAAUGAUAGUGUAUCAGAUCACCGCUGCAUUUAUUUGUCGAAAACAAGUCGAUUAGAUCCCUUCUUACAGACAGUAAGUAAUAAAUUUGCCUACAUUUUUAAAGUGAUACAAACAGUAGUAAAAUUAGUUGUCGCCUUAUUUACUGUGUAUAACGAGGUUAUUAAGUCUUUGUUUACAAUGAUCUUUUAAAUUUAGCCGAAAUACAUUUACUAAGGCGACCGCCUGUAAUUAUCAGUAAAAAGAUUACAUUUUUUUCCUAGUCAAAUGGUUUCUACCUGAUAGGUUAUAGCUAUACCUUUGUUUUAGGUAAUAUAUGAUGCUAGUUUGAUUUCAUGAGAUUUCAACACUCAGCGAACAACUCAGACUGAAUUGCAGUAUUUGUGUUGCAGAGCAGUUCAUAAGCUUUGCUUAUCUGCAUUAAAAAAGCAGUCACUCUUUCCGAUACCGCAAUCUCUGUGUCACGACUGUGUGAUAUUUUCUCUUUUUUUUUUUACAAACGGAUCUCCUUAUUAUAUCUGCAAAAUUUUCUGAUUCUUACUUCUGUCGAGACAAACCAAUAAUUUUUACGUAUACUAUGUGUGUUUAAUGUUGUCUAUGCCUUUGUCAUCUACAGUUCUUAUCGUUUUCAAUAAGUCAGUUAUUCUCGUUUUGUGUCCUAUUCUUAACAUUCAGAUGUAUUCACUGAUCAUUGUCUUAUGAAAUGAUUUCAUCUGAUGAGUUGUUUCUUUAUCAGUCAUUUACGGAGUGAUCAUUUGUGAUUGUGAGCUUACAG